CAGAAGAAGAACAGCACUAGGAAAUAAUGUGCUAUGCCACACAAAUACACAGGGGGCAGUGUUCCUGAUUGGCUGAGAGACAUUUCCUUGAAGUAAUAGAAAGUACGAGGAGCUGCUAGAACAUGGCUGGUCUUCAAGGUGACGAUGACUUGCAGAGUGGUGGGGACUCUGUGGACGCCUUAAAAUUUCAAAAGAAGCCAGAUGCAGCGCCCGCAGGCAAUAGGAAGACUGCCGAGGAAGUGGUUCCCAGAAGCAGUAGAGCAGCAGGCUCCGACCCUUACUGCUACAAGAUGGACUACCCCUGCCUCGGAACCUGUCUGGUUAUCAACAAUAAGAACUUCCACCAAAGCACACACAUGAGUCAACGUAAUGGGACAGAUGUUGAUGCUGCUUCUGCUAUUAAGACCUUCUCUGAUCUGGGCUAUAAGACAAGAUAUGUCAAUGAUCAGACUGUGGAGGAGAUGAAACAGCUGAUGUUAAGUGUAUCCAAGGAGGACCACAGUAAUAGUGCGUCAUUUGCAUGUGUGUUGCUAAGUCAUGGAGACGAGGGGGUGAUAUAUGGCACAGACGGCUAUGAAAAGAUUGAAAACCUGAUAAAAUACUUCAAAGGAGAUCGCUGUAAGAGUCUUGUGGGGAAACCAAAGCUCUUCUUUAUACAGGCGUGCCGUGGUACAGACCUGGAUGACGGCGCCUUCAUUGAGACAGACAGUGUAGAAGAGCAAACAUCAGAGAGGAUUCCUGUGGAAGCAGAUUUCCUGUAUGCUUAUUCCACUGCUCCAGGCUACUACUCAUGGAGAAACACAGCCAACGGUUCCUGGUUUAUGCAGGCAUUGUGCGAGAUGUUGUACUGUUACAGAGGAAAGCUGGAGCUGAUGCAGAUCAUGACCCGAGUCAACCGCAAGGUGGCACUACACUUUGAAUCUGCCUCCAACCUUCCUGGAUAUAGUGGCAAGAAACAGAUCCCCUGCAUUGUCUCAAUGUUGACCAAAGAAUUCUACUUGCCUGCCUAGAUUAAGAUCAGAUUCUUUUGUUUUACCUACAGGAUACUAAAGGGUGUUGGGACAAUUUCCAAUGAUUCAUUUUCAAUGAGCCCAUAUCACUGAUUAUGCGCUUUAACAGUAGCAGAAGCAUAGAACUGUGGACUUUUGUAUGUUGGUGGAGAGGAGGUGGUGUGGAUCCAUAUUCAUCAUAAACUAUAUGUUUAUAAUCCAGUGCCAAUACUCUUACUAUGUUGUUCUAUUCUGUACAAGCAACAUCUAUUGCAUGUCUGUCCUGGAAGAGGGUAUCCAAUGAUGUUCUUGCUGUAGUAUUUUCCCCCUUAAAAGAGGUUUUAGGGAGUUCUCCUCUUUUGAAUCAAGGGCAAUGUUGUUUGCUGAAAAAUGUGUGAUUUGUGAUAUCAGGCUAUAUCAAUAAAAUUGAAUAAAUUUAUAGGAUAAACAGUUAGUUUACUACAUACAGUUUGUUGCUUUUUACCAGUUCUGGUAUGCAAUAAAUGCACAAGCACAAAUGGAUUACUGUGAUUUGUCCUUAUAGGUUAUUAAGCUUCCGAGUCUCUAAUCAGCUGUCACAUGAAAAAAACUAAUCACAAAGUAUUUGACCAAAAAAAGGUUGGCUUUUGGAACAGAUCACUGUCUCUUCAGAAAUGUGGUAAUUAUUAAGUAGCCGUGUGAUGAGUUAAAGCUACCUAUACUGAGCUGAGCAACAAAAUGAUAAUGCUAAGAAUGAAUAAUCUAAAUGGGAGUACUGUUGCAGAAUAUCUAGAAUUUCUUUCCCUUUCAGAUGAUCAUAGAUCUACCGGAGGGGUGGUAGUUUUUGUGUUCAUGUAUUACUACACUCCUACUGUCACUGCCUCUUUACUCCACCUUUGGGGAUUAAAACAUGAUAAAGGUAAAUAAAGGUAAACUGUAGUCACCCAGUCCUUACAUAAACUAAAAUGUAUUUCCAGUGUGGUCCUCGUUACAAGGGAAACAGUACAAAUGACAGAUCUUCAAGUCUAUGAAAUUAGUUUUGCAGUUAUGAAUUACAUUUUGUUAAGAAAUUAUCAUCCGAAGUAUAAUUUCAUUUGAGCCAAUGCAGGGUUAGAACUGUGACAUUUAGGUUUGGCAAAUUAUUAACACACACAGCAUUUUGAGACAAACUUUAUGCCAGUCUGAACAAAAAUCUACUUUUAUCACAAGGCCAUGACCGCCUGCUGACAAUGUAAUUUUUGUGUUUUAAAAUAAGAGCAUGCAGUCUUAUCAGUCUAAAAAAAAUCUGUGAUAUGUGACGUGCAUUCAUUAUUUUAUCAUGUAAAAGUGACACAGUGAGUAUAAGUGUGUGUUUAUUUGUUCUAUGUACAAAUAAAUGUCCACUGUAGCCAUCUGAAAAUGGCAUGGAGUAAAAUGCAAAUCCAAAAAGUGUAGAGUUGACAUUCACAACUCAAAACUGGAUUCACAAAUGCCUGUUUGACAGUUGUAAAUGUUAGGAAGAUGUUCAUAGAUGCUUUUCAUUUAUUUGUGAACUAAUUUAAUGCAUUCACAGAUAUUAUUUCUGCAAUUUGUUUGUGUAUUUGCAGAUCUGUUAUAUGUUUGCAAGAUUUAGUUUACAAUUUUUUUAUUUGUGGAAUGUGUUUUAUAUUUACAGAUUACAGUUACACACAAAUUGUUAAUCUGUUCACACAAAUAAUAUUGCGAUAAAUCUGUCUCAUAGAAAGGAAGCACCUAUGGAGGUUAUAGCAGUAUGUAGAUUAUAGCAAACACAGAAAUUAAUUUAUUGAGUAAAAACUCAAUUUUUUGGUUUGCUUAAAUUAAAUUAUUCCUUACAUGAUAAAUAUUAUUCUUGUGUCUGCAAAAACAAAAACAUUUUUCCGCCUUCAGAAUGUCCCAUUGCAUACUCAGGAUUUUGAGACAAAUAUAAGUCAGGAAAGACAAAACAAACUGAACUUGUAAUUCACUAUUUCACAACUGUUUCUUUACCAAAAAACCCUGCCACGCUGCUGUUGCUCGACUUGGCUACCUGUUAUUGCAUAAUUAUCUCUGAAAUAGUUGGGUUGUGUAACCAGAAACCGCAUUCUUUUCUGGUUUGUAAGUGACACCUAAGGAAUUCUUCUUUCCACUGAAAGAAAAUCUUUGAGAAUGUGCCAGCUGCAAGUGUGUACAGAGAUACACACACAUUAUAAGCUCACAUUUUAGUGAUUUGUGAACUUGUGUAUCGAAAGGUGGCUGCACAACAAUGUGUCCUUGAACUAAAGCCCAAGCAAGAAUGCUAAAUGUUGCAGUCUGUUGCAGAGCUGUUGGACUUCGCUAUUUUAGCCUAUUUACAAGUGGAGGUCUGGAAUUAAAAGUGUCUCAGAUACUGUCACAAAGAUCUUUUUGGGAAGGGGGCCUAUUUAAUUUCAAAUGUUUUUUGUUUUUGUUUUUGUAAAACAAAUUGAUGGUUUAAUUCCAAGGUCAUAGACUUGACAAUCUGGGUCUUGUUAUCAUUGUUAACUUUUGUGUACCUUGUUGUCAAAUAUCAACUCACUACCAAGAGUUCCUGUUAUCGAGACUGAUAAAUGUAAUGAGAAUGUACUUUGCUUUGGAAAAUUGUCAAAUACUGUUUAUAUGAAUGAUUAACAGCAUGGGAUUGUUUUGCAUGGUAGUGGCAGGUAUGUGGGCAUGUUUCAACCACUAGGGGAAGCCCGAGAAACAUUUAGUGUAGUUCUGAGUUCCUUUAAUGAAUCAGCAGUCUGUCAAAUGUACACUCUUGCAGGAACUGAAACUCUAAAUUUAACCCCUGAUUGCACAGAGCAGACCAUUUGGUUAAACAGUUCAAAUACAGAUAAAUAAGGUUUUCUCCAUGG